AUCGCACAAGCGCGAAGCGCCUUGAUGACCUCUGUUGAUAACUUAUCGCGAUGAGCUAACUCAUUCAGAAGCAGGACUCCGUGAUUCAGUGUUUCACUAGAUUCCGUGGAGUUCGCAGGUGUCUACAAAAUGAUUUUAUUAACGGCCGUGCUAUUCGCUUCCGCUUUGGCGGGAAUCUCCGCAACGGAAUACUCCUGCUUAUCUCGCAAGCCAUGUGUCUUGAAUGACGUGAAUCUCGUGUCGGAAGCUGAGCUAACCGGUGUAGUUUUUCCGGACGUUACCGAUCCGCUGACGAUAGCCUCCGGCAAGAUCCCUAACCUAACGCGUCAACUCGCGGAGAAGCUGUCCUCGAUUGUGGACCUCACGAUCAACUCCCUCUCCAUGGAGACCAUCUACGUUCGGCCGGAAAUGAAGCAUGUAGAAGCGGUCAACAACGUGCUGCACACGAUCCUCGUCGAAGACGAUAAGACCAAGCGCUACGAGCUGCUAUCGCUGAAUCUCACCAACAACAAGCUAACAAAUGUGGCAACGUUGGCUCGAUUCGGCAAGCUGCGAGCGUUGAACCUCGACGGGAAUGCUUUGGAGCUGCUGUCGAUGGACACGUUCGCCCAGAUGCACGAACUGCGUACGCUUUCCGUGGCACGGAAUCAACUGCUGACCGUGGAGACGGAACGGGGAUUCAACCUGAUGAAGUUGCGAUCACUGUCGUUCGCCGGGAAUCAGCUGUUGGAGCUGGACGUUCAGCAGUGGGAGCUGGCAUCGCUGGAGGAGUUUGAUGUGACGAACAACAGGUUGUACAUGCUGACCGGGAACUUUGGACAGUUUAAGGGACUCGAACAGCUCAAGAUAUCGGGGAACUACUGGAAGUGUGAGAUAUUGGUGCAAAUGAAUCGUAUUCAUGGGCUGAAGUUCGAUUCGGAGGGAACGGAACGUUGCAAGGAGAAGGGCAUGACGGAGGUCAAGCAGAUCUGCUGUACGCUGGAUGCGUCCAACUUCCUGACAAGCCCAGGGGAAGGUGACGGAUUGUUUGGUGAAAAAUGGGAGGAGCUGCGAGUGCUGCAAGCGAACGUGACCCAGCUGAACGAGCUCGUUCUGCAGGUGAAGGAACAAAGUGAAAAUGAAACCGCUACUAAGGAGAGUGAGUUGGAGCGGCGGAUUCAGCAGCUGGAGGAACAGUUGGAAAAGCUGGCGGAGAAGUGUGAUCCGAAGGAAGAAUCGGUAGCGGUGGAAGAAACUAAUGAACUGAAAACUGUCAUGACGGACCACAAGAACGCAAUUAAAAGUUUGGAGGAGAAGCUGUCCGCGAUGAGUGAGGAGCUGGAAGGGUUUUCCGAGCGAUUGAAUGAUUUCAGGGGGGUUGUGGAUGAAAAGUUUGAGAAGGUUGAGGGUGUUCCGGAAAAGUUGGAGAAUUUGGAAAAUUUGUUGAAGGAUAGUGAUUCUCUUGGGUUGAUGAUGAAGAAUCUGACCGUGCUGGAGAAUUCCUUGCGUAGCCUGGAGGGUCAACAGCUGAAGUAUCACCUCAGCAGUGUUGACCUUAAGAGUCAGAUCAACAAGGAACGCUAUCGAAUCGAUAAAGUUACGGAUCAGUACGCGAAGCUAGCCAGUGAAAGUGAGUUCUUGCGUGAGCAGUUGAACAAAGCACAGGAGAACAUCGGAUUAGCGUACAAGAUCAUUGAAGAAAUAAGUGAGGAAUAAAUGCGA